AUGAUCGACAACUUCAAUUUCAUACCAGUGAUCAAGCCUUGGAACUGGAAGGACAUAGAGAACCAGGACGAGGACGAUAAAAGUCAGGAGUGUCGAACAUGCAAGAAGAGGAAAGUGCGAGAAGAGUUCUACCGGGGUCAGUGGACGAAUGAUCCCGAGCGGGCGACGUACCGACGCACGUGCCGGAAUUGCCGAGACCUGCCACCUGCCAUCCAGGCGACUGCAGCCGAACCGGAUCCUCCGGGCGAGAAAGAUAUUACAGGCCUCAUCGGUCCCCUCAGCCGCCAGGUUCUUCUCGACCUCACCAACGACCCUUCCCGGCUGAUCCGGGAGGAAAUCUUCGAACAUCUCCGGCUCAGCUCUCUGUCCGAUUACGAACAUCUUCAGCCUCCCUCAGAGUCCCAACGUGCCUCCGGGUCACCCAAGCUCGGGUCUAGUGGGACGGGGGAUCGUGAGCUGGACGAACCGAAGAUGGGAGCCGGGGAAGACCGACAGCGCGCUAAAAGAAUCGAGCCAGGACUGGGGGACAACAAAAAGGAAUUGUCGGAACUCGUGGCGCCCACUCGACUGGCUGUAACUUCGGUCUGCGUGAGUGUUGGCGGUGGUUCCCAAGGGCGCGUCACUAGCGCGACCGCAACGAGUAACCUGCCGAAACUCGAGAGGUCAUUCACGAAACGCUGGCCCUCUACGACGACUUUGGGCGUAAUUGCCACAGGCGCUGACGGACGAUCAGCCGCCGGUCCACAUGAUCCGAAUGGCUCCGAGGGCUCCACGCGGAUCCCUAGACGCUCGAGGAUCAAGAGUGUCCCUUAA